AUGGAAUCAAUGAAACUGAUACCGAUAGCUCGACCCGUUGAUAAACAGGUCGAACAGAUCAAUGUUAAUGGAGUUGGUUGGCUUCCAUUGGCUCUAUUCAGAAACUAUUCUCAAUGGAGCAAUGAAACAAUGUCAAUGGAGACCGCAAUACGUCCAUUUUUUCGGUCAUAUACAACAGACCCAUCACUCAAGAGACCAGGACCAAUCCCUUUAGGAGAUCCUAAAGAACAAAAAGAAUUUGAAGAAUUAGUACGUAAAAAUCAAGGAUCAUUUACCAGCGCUAUAAUGGCAGUUGAAGAAGAGGAAUUACAAGUACAUCCAGAUGCAAGAGAGAAAUUACCAGCAGAAUUUGAAGGUGAAAAGAAUCCUGUUACAGGUGAGAUCGGAGGACCUAAGCAGGAUCCUUUGAAACACGGAGAUUGGAUAAUUUCAGGAAGAAUUGCCGAAAUUAAAAGUCGUGUAACCGAGUGUGGUAAAGAUUCAUCAAAUUCGAAGGAACGUAAUAUUGAUGAUAACGCACAUAAAACAACUAGAGGUAAAAAAAAAAAUAGAUGGAAAAUACCACCAGGCUUAACAGAAAAAGAAGCAAGAAUUCUUAAAAAAGUGAAAAAAAGAGCCGAAUUUUUGGAUAUUGGACUUUGUGUUUGUUGUUGUUUUAAAGUUGGAUUGGAUCCAAUCAUUGGGUUAAUACCAGUAGUCGGUGAUUUCAUGAGCACAUUUUUAUCUUUAAUGUUAAUAAAAACUGCAAAAGAAGUUGAUUUACCGAAAUAUGUCAUUAGUCAAAUGGUUUUUAACGUAUUCAUCGAUUUUAUGUUGGGGCUGGUACCCGUGGUUGGUGACUUCUUCGAUUUCUUAUAUCAAGCCAAUAUACGAAAUGCCAUUCUUUUAGAGAAUUUUCUUGUCGACAGAGCUAAAAAUAGGUCUGUGGUAAUGGAGGAUGGAAGUGUUGAAGUCUUACACCAACCUGAAAGACCUGAAAAAGCUGCACCCGGGCGAGAUCGUAGUGGCAGAUAUUAA